AUGUUGUUGCAACCCUUCACUACUUGCUUCACCUUUCUUCGUAGGAUGACCAAAUCCUUCCUCAACAAACCACCAAGAAUCGUAAAGGGCAUGAUGAGGGCAUGCUAUAAAGGAAAACGACCCAGGAGAAAAUUCUCUUCAGGUUCUGGCUUGUCAACCUCUUCUUUCCUUCACAUGGAGCUGUCCACUCAGUUUCAUCAAGUUUUCAAGCUGAUUGACUCUAAUGGGGAUGGGAAGAUCUCAGCCAAUGAGCUGAGUGAGGUGCUUGCAUGCCUUGGAUACAACAAGAGCAGUGCUGCUAAGGAAGCUGAAGGCAUGGUGAGAGUGUUGGACUUCAAUGGAGAUGGGUUUGUGGACUUGGAUGAGUUCAUGGUUGUCAUGGAAGAAGAAGAUGAAGAGGAAGAAGAGAAGAUUGGAAGUGGCACGAGGCAUGAUGAUGGUUACCUGAUGGAUGCUUUUCUUGUCUUCGACACUGACAAAAAUGGCCUCAUUUCAGCCAAGGAACUGCAGAGAGUUCUCAUCAAUCUAGGGUGCGAAAACUGUAGCCUCAGAGAGUGCAAACGUAUGAUCAAAGGGGUUGAUAAGAAUGGAGAUGGGGCUGUGGAUUUUCAAGAAUUUCGAUCCAUGAUGCAAACUGGACUUGCAAAUUAG